AUGCCUGGCGGAUCGAAACCGAUGGAAAGGAGAGUGAGAUGUUUCCUCGGUAUCACCAUGGUGCUCGUUUUUAUGAGCUUGCUGAUGUACGGUGUUCAGGAUAGAUCAUGGAAACCUUCACCAAACCCUCCUGCCAUACGCACAAGAAAACCUAUACCGCAUCCCCAACCCCUACAAUCUAGGACCACUGUUCCCCAUCCCAUUCAUUCUAGAAUCAUUACACCGCAUCCCCGACCCAUACAAUCUAAUACCACUAUACCAAACCCACCUGCUACUGUUAAACAGCUUUUUCCGGAGAUACAUGGCAAAAAACCGAACGUUUCUAUACACCAAUAUUCGGCUAUGUACUUCAAACAACUGAAGUUUUCUUUACAGUCUCACUCCGCUAAAAACUUCACGGUUGGAGACACGUUACGCGUUGUUUUUUCGGCUAGAAACAAACAAGGGAACAUAAUAACCAAUACAGGGGACUAUUUCCGGGCGUCCAUUUUUAAUCUCAAAACUAAGUCUGGUGCAGUUGGAAUUAUCACGGACCACAAAAAUGGUACGUACACGGCAACCUUUAAACUGUUGUGGGCAGGAGAGGUGAACAUUAUUGUCAAACUUGUUCACCCACGUCAGGCUAUAGAAGUCAUAGAGAGAACCGUUUGGGAGCAUCCUGUAGAUAAGAUAAUGUUCGUGAAACGGUACCUCAUCGGUAAGGCUAAAGUCGACACCAGGUGUAACGUAGACCCGGCCGUGUUGAACACCCACACCCCGGUGUGUAACUACUCCGACCCGCAGGCAGGAGUCAGGUGGUACUGUGAGAAAGCCGCCAACAUCUCCUGUAACACAUCCGGGUACCACGGCAGGCUUCCAACGUCUGUCAAGCUGCUAAGAAAAGGAGAGGAAAAACUGUUUGGCAGAGGGCUGAAUGGAAUAAAGAAGUCCAUAUCUGGAUCCCCAUCAAAGAUUUAUGUCACAAGCGGGUUAAACCCAUUGGUCAAUCGCACGCGGUGCAUGCCGGGACUUCCAACCCCACAGAUCUCCGGAUUUUAUAAAGGAGGCGUCUGGAACUCACUAGUCUGUCAUAACAGACACUUCUCCAACCAAUCAGAAUGGAGGACAUGUCUGAGGGGAAAGACCCUGCAUUUCAUGGGAGACUCCACCAUACGACAGUGGUACGAACAUUUGGUGAAGCUACUAAAACUUUCCGACAGGCCACUUCCAGACGCCAUCCACCAGACUGGACCUCUGCUUGCCCGUGACACAGUAAACAACAUAACGGUAAAAUAUCGUUCUCACGGACCGCCUCUUCGUUGCGCAUGGACCCGGACCUUCCACCUACAGUACGUUGCCAACGUCAUUGAUGAAAUCGAAGGAGGGCAAAACGAUAUUGUCGGAAUCUCUGUCUGGGCUCACUUCACCACGUACCCUGUGGACAUGUACAGAGAGAGGAUGGAGGCCAUCCGAGCUGCGAUUCAACGGCUGCAUCAGAGGAGUCCCCAGACCCUCGUGGUCAUCAAGUCCGCCAACACACGGACGGGGAACGAGCUUCUAGCAGGAGACUGGCUGGCGUAUCAGCUGGACUUGGUGAUGAGAGAGAUGUUUGAGGGGAUGAACGUUGUUCUGGUAGAUGCCUGGGAAAUGACAACAGCACAACAAUGGCACGGGGACGCCAUCCACCCUACCAGUGACAUCGUCAUACAAGAACUGCAAUACCUGUGUUCGUUUGUUUGUCCUCUGUGAUUCUCUGACAAAGAUCUGAUUACUGUCAAAACAUUCAAGUGAAUUAUUUGUAGAAAGAUUUAUGAAAUGUAA